AUGCGCAUGUCCAUUGAUGAAUCUGAAAAAGUAAAAAAAGGGGGGGGGGGCGGGGGUAAGCCAAAGGAACUGAAAGAGGGUCCCUCUGAGCCAGCUGCGACUCCAAAGAAGCGAAAGGAGAAAAUUUCUCCUUCUGCAGCUCAUCCCAAAAUGCAAAAACAACAUGAUCGUAAGCAAAAGACCCCAACACCAAGUGCAAGAGAAGGGUCAGAGUCAGGCACUCAGUCUGACGUAUCUUUAAGAAAGACAAUCAUGUUCGCUAUGAGGAGCACCUCCUCUUUUGAUGCUUAUACUAAAGCCAUGAUAGAUUCUUUUGUUGAACGAAUCUCAAAGGAGUAUACAACCAAUGCUGACAUGAUGAACAAGGUUGUGGCAACUUUGGCUGAAGUUUGCAAGUGGAUGAAAUUUUUUUUUGAUAAACUAAUUGGUUCCACCACUGCUUUCAUGGAGAACUUCCAAACCACUUUCAACUCCAAUACCACUGCAGCAAAUGAAGCUUUGAAGAGUCUGGUAUCUCUCUUCAAAACUGAGAAGACGAAGUUGCAAGAGAUUCAUACUGAUCUGAAAACUGACCAUGAAGCAUUUCAAACCUCUAUUUCGUCUAAAAUCUUAAAGCUUCAAGAAGAAUUGGCAAAGGAAAGUGAUCUCAAGCCAGUCAUGCAAAGUUGUAUCACUGAUGUUACUGGAAUGCUCUCGGAUAUCAUUGAGACCAGCGUUAAUAAGAAACAAGGGGGAGAAGGUAUGUUUGGUGAAUCACCAAAAGAAGAACCCAAAAUGCUAGUCAAGUCUGUUGUCAAGCAAGAACCAAAGGGUAAGGAAACACUGUUCAGUAAUGAACCUAUUAUUAACGAUGAUGAAGAAGAAGAUCCUGAUGAAGAAGAACUAAAAAUAUGA